AUGGACAAAUGGUUAAACAAAAAGUCAAUGACUCAAAGUCAAGAAAUAACAGAGACAAUAUCUGCGUCAACAGUUAAAAAAAGAAAAUUAAAUUACGGCGAGCAUUCAACAAGUUCUUGUGAGUCGAAACAAAAAAAUGCUUUAAGAAAAUAUUGUUCCGAAUAUUUGCGAAUUGGAUUUUCAUGGAACGGAGACGAAGAACACCCACGUCCACAAUGUGUUAUUUGUGCAUGUAUACUUGCAAAUGAGAGUAUGCGACCAAACAAACUACAUCGACAUAUAUUUACGAACCAUCCAGAAAUGAAGAAUAAACCACUAGAGUUUUAUGGAAGAAAACUCUGA